GCCACGGCCGGGGUUGUGCGCUCUGGUUGCGGAGCGAGCGCCGGGCUAGGGAGACCAGCGGCUGGCACUGGGCCGCAUGGAGCUGCUGGCGCUGCACACGCGGCGGCGGCGGGGGGCGCUGCUCCCGCAGGAGCCGGGAGACCCGGAGCGCAAACGAGUAUGCAAAAGUUUAGAGACCGUUCCAAAUGAGAGUGAUUUUUGCCACCAAUUAAAUGAAUGUGCUAUGGAUUACUGGAGUAUGGAGCUGGAUUCAAAACAGAAAGAUACCACAGAACAAUUUAUUCCUCGGACUCCUAAGGAAAAGCCAAAUUCAAUGAUUUUUCAAAAUCAUGGAAGCAAAGGUACUGCCCAGCCUUGCCCAAGAUGUAUUGCAGGAGAAUCUGGACACUUCAACCAUAUUAUGGGCUUCUAGAAGAAGAGAGACUGCAAAGCAGCAAUGUUCAGUUUGUUUUUAAAACCCCCAAACAGUACUAUAAAACUGUUGAAGAAAAAGCUCACCUAUUGUGAACUGAUCUAAUCUACUGUGCUUUAACAAAUUAGAGAAUGUCCUUCCAGCCUAUUUCAACCCUCACCUGCCACUGUGAGUUUGCAAAUAGCUUUGGGUAAACCAGUUGUCUACCAGUUCACAUAAUACAUAUGAUUGUUGUAAAAUAUGGAAUGGUUGUAUAAAGCAGAAUAUGGUGUUCCCUUCUGUUCCUCAGAGAAGGGCCCAUUAAGACUUGCUUAGACCUUGCCUGCUUAGACCUUGCCACUUCUUCAUGAAUGAGGAAUGUCAUUUUAACUUUUGCAUCCUCCCCUCUUACCUUUCCAUGCCAAUUUUCUCUAGUCCUUUAAACACCAUACAUUAUUACUGUGUUUUAGUUCUGGAUAUCAUCUAAUUCUCUUGCCUCUAAAGUAAACCUUGAGACCUGAAAGCACAAUUUGCACUGAAAUUAUAGAUCAUUACAGAUCUGCAUUUUUAGUCACCUUAUAACUCUGAUACAUCCUCCUUUUUUCAGAGUCUACAAAACAAACAGAAAAAAAUUGUCAACCAUUCCUCUGAUGCUAAUCUACAGUCUUGCUUCUUUUGAUAGGCAUUGGUGGCUUUACUGUACAUGAAGUAGGUCCUUCAGUAAUCAAGGUUUUAUCAAAAUUACUUCUCAGAUUAAUUCACAUUGUGAAAGUACAUUCAUCCUAACUUUGUAAUGGCAUCUACUAGCAAUCCCCUUAAUACUUUUUUUCUUAAUGUAAUUUACAGUAAAAUAUUGAAAAGCUUCUGGGAUGUAAAAUUAUAAGAGGAAGGUAUGCUGCAUAUUUUUUAAAAUCACAGCAGCCUAGGAGUGCCAUUUUACCACCCAUUGUUUUGAACUUGCACAUAGCCAGAAGCCUUAAAGUUAAUUUAGCCAUGUUCCUGAGGAUGCUACUAGAUGUUGUUUAAUAAAAUACUUCUGUGUAGAUGCAAAUCCAGCUUUAUGUGUCAUGUCCAUAACCAUUUGUGAAACACCUAGUAUAGUUAAGCAUCACUUUCUUGGGCCCUAUCACAUUCCCAAUGAAUUCAAUAGCGAAGUCCCAAUUGUUUCAUUGGGAGUAAGACAUGGCCCUCUAGGUGUCCCUGAUGUUCUUCCCUUGGCCUUUUCACAGGUCAGUCACUGUUAUUCAGUAUCCGAUACUAACUUCGGCUGGUUCUCACUGGAAACAAUGUAAUUUCUCUAGAUUUUCAUGAACUACAGAAUAUGUAAAAGUCCAUUGCAGAAAUUGAGUGGGUGACUUUUCAUUUCCAUAUCUGAAGCUUUAGGGCAACUCUGGGCUGCUUUGUGGUAUGUUUACAUGCCAAAAUUGUUUUUGAAGUUUUUCCCCCUAUGGAAUAUGGAAUGUGUGUCUAAACAGGCUGGUAUGAAAACCUUUUGAAAAUGAGAUCUUUUAAUAUUUUAAAGACAUAACAUUAGUAAUUUUUUUUAAUGUAUUGUAUUUGUCAUCCCGUUCCAGGCUUGCCAUCAGUCAGAAUGGUAAAGCUGUUGUAAUGGGUACCGACAAAUACAAUACAGAUUUGGAGAGGUAAGCAUUCUUCAGAGAAGACUUGUGUUAAAUCUGCACUAGAACCACAAUAUUAUUGUUUUGAGAGUUUUCCUUACCAUAUAAUAUAUCGCUGUGGUAUUUUGAUUUUUUUGGUAAUGUUAUAUACACUUUAUAUUUCCUAAUGUUUAUGCUUUUGUACACAAAAUAACCUGUGAGAGGUACGUUUGAAUGUGUAUAGCAAUACACAGACUUGUUUUCUGGUUUUAAUCCAGAUAUAACUGAUACAAUCUAAUAUUUUUAUCUGAUCUUUUUUAACUUUGUAUUUUGUAAAUUGCUGCUCACAAAAGCAGUAACAUUAAACCCCAUCUUGGCUUAAAA